AUGGCGACUUCUCAGAGAUACCCGGUCUACAAAGUGAAGUUCAAAUUAUCUAUUCAAGAUCCAGACAUGCCGUCCCCUCGAUACCAUACCAUCCUGUUUGUCGAGACCAACGAGCGAGGGCCACGCACUGGAAUCAAGCACCACGUCACCGGGGAUAUUGUCACAGGCAUGCGAUACGAGCCAACUAUAAUUGACGAUCCACAGAGCGACGAAAACCUGUUCUCAAAGGAGCUCAUCGGCCACACCCAAGCUCUCAAUUACCCAAAAAGCUGGAACGAUAUUCUCAAGUCACUUCCUGUACCUCCAAAACAGAAGGCAUUCAAUUGCAAGACAAUGAAGACAGAGCCCGUGAAGACCUGGGAGCCUUUGAUUUUCUACGGGGCCGGGGAGCGACGUCGGCCUUUGGUCAAAUGUACUGAGUGGAUCGAGAACCAAGCUGUGCCCAUGUUGAUCAAUGCAGGAAUUCUACAGGAGGUGCAUGAGCGAACAUUUGUAGAUAAUGAGGCUGAGUUCUGGUAG